AUGAUCGCAGGCGGUAACGAGCACUUGCCAGCCAACAUUGGCUUCAUCGGCCUCGGUGCCAUGGGUUUCUGGAUGGCAGCCAACCUCCGACAGAAGCUUCCCCCUUCGACGGUCCUGUACAUCAACGACGUGGUACAGGAAGCCGUGACGAGUUUCAUGGUCCAGUUCUCUCAUCUGGGUCCCGUGUUCCCGACCAAAAGCGCAGCGGACAUGGUCGCCAAUUGCGAUGUGAUCAUCUCAAUCGUGCCAGAGGGCAAGCACGUUGCGCAAAUCUUCCGUACAGACCCUGGCGGCGCACUCAGCAUCCCUUGGCAUGUGCGUGGUAAGCUGUUCAUCGAGUGCAGCACAAUCGACAUCGAGACGUCCAAGGCUGUGGCGGAAGCCGUGACUGGUCUCGGAGGGACGUUUGUGGAUGCGCCCGUGUCUGGCGGGCCAAUGGGCUCCCAGGCCGGCACUCUCACAUUCAUGAUGGGAGUUGGGGAGGGACAUCCUCGCAAGGGCGAGAUGGACAACAUCAUUCGGCUCAUGGGCAAGAACCUGUUUGCCUGCGGUGGUCCAACGCUAGGUUUGGCGACCAAGGUGUGCAACAACUACAUCUCAGGAACGAUUGCCAUCGCCACAAGCGAGGGCUUCAACCUCGCCAUGAAGCUUGGCCUUGACCCAAGGACGUUCCACAAGGUGUUGAAUGUCAGCACUGGAGGCAGCUGGGUGAAUGCCCAUUGUAAUCCGGUUCCGGGUAUUGAUCCCAAGUCGCCGGCGUCCAACGAUUACGCGGGGGGAUUCAAGGUCCAGUUCAUGCGCAAGGAUUACAACCUCGCUAUCGAGGCGGCUAAGAUGGCCGACGCAAACCUUUACCUCGGGCCAGCAGGGUUGGACGUGUACACUGGUGCGGCUGCCGACCCGGCCUGUGUUGACCGUGACUCACGAGUCGUGUAUCGCUACAUCGGGGGUAACGAGGAAUGGAUGGGCCGCAACGCGAGUAAGAUGUAG